UGCAUAGGUAGGCGGUAAACUGUUUUGAGAUCAUCCGGUCCGGUCUUUUCGUUUUUUUAACCUCUCUCUCUCUCUCUCUCUCUGUGGCUGGCAAAGAGGCAAAACCCUAACAGGACAGGUAACAGGUUAAUCUAAAAAUGGCGUUUCAGCAUCUUGGGAGGACGAAGAACGUGGCAAAGCGUUCAAAGAAGUACUUAGAGAACGCACUGAAUGAGACAUUGUUCAAAGAGGGGAGUUCAGAUAAGAGUGUUCGAACGGAGCUAAAUAAGUUCCUCAAAAGUUCCAAGAGAGUCUACAAAUGGGAGGUCGGCGUCACCCUCAGGAAGCUUCGGCAGCGCGGCAGGUUCUGCCCUGCCUUAAAGCUUUCAGAAUCCAUGGUCAAAAGGGGGAUGAACAUGACGGCCAGCGACCAAGCUAUCCAUCUUGAUCUUAUUGCAAAAUCCCGUGGCAUUGCUGCUGCAGAAAAUUAUUUCAUGGAUCUCCCUGAAGCAUCAAAAACCCACCUAUGUUAUGGUGCCCUUCUCAACUGUUACUGCAAAGAACUAAUGACAGAAAAGGCAGAAGCUCUCAUGGAAAAGAUGAAGGAACUGAGAUUUGCUUCAAGCUCCAUGGCUUACAACAGCUUGAUGACUCUCUACUCAAAAAAUGGCCAGUUUGACAAAAUCCCAGCUAUCAUACAGGAGAUGAAGGCGAGUGACAUCAAGCCAGAUACUUGUACAUACAAUAUCUGGAUGAGGGCUCUUGCUGCUGUCAAUGACAUCUCUGGGGUUGAGAGGGUCAUGGAGGAGAUGAAGAGGGAUGGUCGAGCCACUGGAGAUUGGACAACAUACAGCAAUUUAGCUUCAAUUUAUGUUGAAGCUGGCUUAUAUGACAAGGCAGAAAAGGCACUGAAGGAGUUGGAGAAGAGGAAUGCGUGCAAGGAUCUGUCUGCUUUUCAGUUUCUGAUCACAUUGUAUGGGCGAACAGGAAAUGUGAUCGAACUCUAUCGGGUAUGGCGGUCUUUGAGGCUUGCUUUUCCCAAAACAGCAAACAUAAGUUAUCUAAACAUGAUUCAAGCACUGGUGAAAUUGAAAGAUUUGCCAGGGGCUGAGAAAUGCUUUAAAGAGUGGGAAUCUGGGUGCUCAACCUAUGACAUCCGAAUCGCGAAUGUCCUGAUAGGAGCCUAUGCUAAAGAGGGUAUGCUAGAGAAGGCAGAAGAAGUCAAGCAACGAUCUCAGAGGAGAGGGAGCAAGCCUAAUGCCAAGACAUGGGAGAUUUUUAUGGAUUAUUAUUUGAAGAAUGGGGAGAUGAAACUGGCAGUUGACUGUGUUGCAAAUGCAAUUUCUACGGGGAGGGGAGAUGGGGGGAAAUGGUCCCCUUCACCAGAAGUUGUUCAGUCUCUGAUGACACAUUUUGAGCAAGAGAGGGAUGUUGAGGGUGCAGAAGGCUUUAUGGAGACGUUAAAGAAGGCUGAUGUUAACAUUGGAGCUGAGGUGUUUGAAUCGUUGAUACGGAUGUAUGCAGCCAGUGGGAAGACAAGUGCAUCAAUGCGUCAUCGGUUGAAGAUGGAGAAGGUAGAGCUGGGUGAGGCAGCUGAGAAGUUGCUUAACGUAAUCUGUGUGGAUUGAUUUAGUUUGUCUCAAGAGUGUAAGCUCGUCAUUUUCUUGUUUUUUUUUUCCAAUUUCUGAAAUUGAUGAGGAUGGUUUUGAAAAUUUUUGUUUGGGAAUUGGGAGUAUCUUCCAUCCUUUGCUUUCUUUUGAUAAUAAAAUUGUAGGCUUAGUUUCUGUUGUCUGAUGAUCCAUUUCCAUUGUAAAUGGAAAAAUUAUUUAUAUAUUGGCUGUUGGUAAUGGGUACUGUA